CUUUGGGCAGAGAGGGGGGCGGGACUUCCGGAACGGCUCAUCCUCCUCGGAAGUGACGUCACAGUGUCAACAUGCAAGAUGGCGGCGCAUCACCGGCAGAACACGGCGGGGCGGCGGAAAGUGCAGGUCUCCUAUGUGAUUAGAGAUGAGGUGGAGAAGUAUAACCGAAAUGGGGUAAAUGCACUUCAGCUGGAUCCAGCAUUAAAUAGACUCUUCACAGCAGGCCGAGACUCUAUUAUAAGGAUAUGGAGUGUCAAUCAGCACAAGCAAGACCCUUAUAUUGCAUCUAUGGAGCAUCACACAGAUUGGGUAAAUGAUAUUGUACUCUGCUGCAAUGGUAAAACAUUGAUAUCUGCUUCUUCAGAUACUACUGUGAAAGUGUGGAACGCACAUAAAGGAUUUUGCAUGUCAACACUAAGGACACAUAAGGAUUAUGUGAAAGCCUUAGCAUAUGCAAAAGAUAAAGAACUGGUAGCAUCUGCCGGGCUGGACAGACAAAUAUUCCUCUGGGAUGUAAAUACUCUAACAGCACUGACUGCCUCAAACAACACUGUCACAACUUCUUCCCUGAGUGGGAACAAAGAUUCCAUCUAUAGCCUUGCAAUGAAUCAAAUGGGAACAGUUAUUGUAUCAGGGUCCACUGAGAAGGUUCUCAGGGUGUGGGAUCCAAGAACUUGUGCAAAACUAAUGAAACUCAAAGGGCACACAGACAACGUAAAAGCUUUGCUGUUGAACAGAGAUGGUACCCAGUGUCUUUCAGGCAGUUCUGAUGGGACUAUUCGUCUGUGGUCCCUUGGGCAGCAGAGAUGUAUAGCCACAUAUCGAGUCCAUGAUGAAGGUGUUUGGGCUCUGCAGGUCAAUGAAGCAUUCACUCAUGUUUAUUCAGGAGGAAGAGACAGGAAGAUCUAUUGUACAGAUUUACGGAAUCCUGAUAUUCGUGUGCUUAUCUGUGAAGAAAAGGCACCAGUUCUUAAGAUGGAACUUGAUAGAUCAGCUGAUCCUCCUCCAGCAAUUUGGGUUGCAACAACUAAAUCCUCUGUGAAUAAAUGGACUUUGAAGGGAAUUCAUAAUUUUAGAGCAUCUGGGGACUAUGAUAAUGAUUGUACCAAUCCUAUACCACCCCUAUGUACACAGCCUGACCAAGUUAUAAAAGGGGGUGCUAGUAUCAUUCAGUGCCACAUUCUUAAUGACAAGAGACACAUAUUAACCAAAGACACAAAUAAUAAUGUGGCAUACUGGGAUGUCUUAAAAGCAUGUAAAGUUGAAGACCUUGGGAAAGUAGAUUUUGAAGAGGAAAUUAAGAAGAGAUUUAAAAUGGUGUAUGUGCCAAACUGGUUCUCAGUAGACUUGAAAACUGGGAUGCUGACAAUUACUUUGGAUGAAAGUGACUGCUUUGCAGCUUGGGUUUCAGCAAAAGAUGCUGGGUUCAGCAGUCCAGAUGGUUCCGAUCCGAAAUUGAACCUUGGAGGGCUUCUAUUGCAAGCGCUUCUGGAGUACUGGCCUAGAACACACAUCAAUCCAAUGGAUGAAGAAGAAAAUGAAAUAAAUCAUACAGUGAAUGGUGAGCAGGAAAACAGAGUCCAGAAAGGAAAUGGAUAUUUUCAAGUACCACCACAUACACCAGUUAUAUUUGGUGAGGCUGGAGGACGCACUUUGUUCAGGUUAUUGUGUCGGGAUUCAGGUGGUGAAACGGAGUCUAUGCUUCUGAAUGAGACUGUGCCACAAUGGGUGAUUGACAUCACUGUGGAUAAAAAUAUGCCCAAAUUCAAUAAGAUUCCCUUCUACCUCCAACCUCAUUCGUCUUCAGGGGCAAAAACUCUAAAAAAAGACCGGCUGUCAGCAAGUGAUAUGCUUCAGGUGAGAAAAGUGAUGGAGCACGUGUAUGAGAAGAUCAUAAACUUGGAUAAUGAGUCUCAGACAACUAGUUCUUCCAAUAAUGAGAAAGCAGGAGAACAAGAAAAAGAGGAGGACAUCGCUGUGCUCGCAGAGGAGAAAAUUGAACUUCUUUGCCAGGACCAAGUUUUGGAUCCGAAUAUGGACCUUCGGACUGUAAAGCACUUCAUCUGGAAGAGUGGUGGUGAUCUGACGCUUCAUUAUCGCCAGAAAUCAACGUGAAGGGGAGCAGUGGACUUACAUGGUUACUCAUUGACUUGACCAUAAUGUUCUGGUUCCAGGAGUAGUGCUAUAGAAGCCCACUGAACCCCUAAGGUAGAUGAGACUUCUAAUGACUCAGUAUGGAUGGAGAGUAUGCAUUUAAUUGAAGUGACUAAUUGAUCUGUAAUAUAGAGGAAAAAAAACCUGUAUGAUUUAAACUAAAAUCUGUCCUAGUCUCAGUCACUGAGAUGGGAGGUCCCUGAGUGGUUGACGUUGUAUGAGGUGUACAGGGAAUGGAUGAUAAUCCAGUGCAGACUUUUGCUUCUUCCUUUUUUGCUGUAUUUUUUUUUUCCAGAACUUUAUAUUGUCAUCUGCUCACGCUUGAUAUGAAACCAUUUCCAUCAUAGUAAUGAGUAGUGGUAUUUACAACAUAAUUCAGAACUGCACGGGCAGUAUUUUUAUUACAUUCCAUUCAUAAAGUACCUACAGUGGUCUCUCGGGUUACUGAACCAUUUCUGUCCCUUAAAGGCAUUUAGUAAAUAGGUAAUGCAUACUUCAGAGAACUGGCCUGCUUAAUUGCUGAUGGAGGAUUAACAUCAGACUUGUUCUAAUACUGUGACUUGAACGUUGCUUUAGAGAGUUGUUGUCUGCAAAACAAGAACACUGGGUAAAUAUUGUAGCAGGGUCAGUCCAAGGAUGCUGUGCAUCACAAUAGGGUGAACAUGCUUUGCUGCAACCUAAUGAAUUCUUUUUUAAUCUAUGUAACCAGUUCUGGCAAUUUGUGCUCUAAGGACACCGCAGUCUAAUUUUUGGUAACUCUGCUCUAUGUGACACUUUGUUAAACUUCAGACCGUUCUGAAUAUAACUUCCAGUGUUUCACCUCGAACUCCAGACAAUUCACAGCAGAUUUUCAUAUUCAUGAUGUAAAAAUACUUACUCUUUUUUUUUUUUUUUCUUCCAAAGUUUUAUAUGCAGUUGUUCUUUUGUUGUAGAUGCGGAUCUUCUUUUCACUGUUAUUUCUAAACAAAGAAAAACCUGUGACUGUUGCAGACUCA